GGCGGAUUAGCCGCCAAAAAGGGCACGCGCGAACACGCGAACGCCGAGAACACCCAAAUCCGCGGAUUUCGGUGAUUCAUCCGGUGUGGCCGACUCGGUCAAAUCCGGCUUCGACCUCUUAAGCGAGCCCGUACCAUCGGGGGAAGGGUUGUGCUUGUGGUUUCUGGCAAGAUUUUGACGUUGCACAAAAACGACAGCCCGGGAACCCAGCGCACCGUCGGGGUUGCGUUCCCGCAACCAUCUGAAAUGGCGUGCAUGAAAUAGCUGAAGCACGGUGCUACUACGCCACUUGUUACACAAGUGGUUUUGCCCCAAUCACGGUGCUAGUGCGUUUUUCUUUACCUCCCCCCAGUCAACCUUCUCUUUUUUAUUCCUUGAAGUUGAAACAAAGAAACGACGGUGGAACGAAGUAAAAAUAUAAGAAUAUACACAAUCUCCAUCUACUGCUGGCUCUGAGUGAAGCAGCAGCCCAAAAGACGCUGCACCGAAAACUACAGGGUGGCUUACGUGUACUUUUGCUUCUUUUUCUAGAAAAUACAGUAUCAAUAAUGACGAGGACGACGAUGUAAGUAGGUCGUCGUUCUUGUAUCUUUCCUUUGCUGGACAAAAUCAAAAAGAAGAAAACGCAACAAAUUAUGGCCGCUGUUGCAGCUUCUGACGUCGGAGUUAAUGUGGUGUGGAGCUUUGUCCGCCUGAAGCACGUUAACCGCGUGCCCAUUCACGAGGCCCUGGUCUGCGCUCUCUGCCUGCUGCGAGAAUCGACCACGCCCUCUCAUCACGCCCGGGCACUGAAAGCCUUAGGCACUUUGGGGUAUUGGCGCUCAGCAUGGGCUGCCUACAAUCUUGUGAAAGAACGCGGAUCUUCGAUGGGGGUUGUGUCGGAGGUACGCCAAAUGGUGCUCUCGGCUACGCUGAAUGCCAUGGCAAAAGCUGGGCAGUGGCGUGCAUGUGAAGCGGUCGUUAAGGAGCAAGAGGAGCUCACUGUGUCCUCUCAUGAGGAUCGCGAUCAUGGAUGCGUCGACAGCGAUAGCAAGGCCAAGGCCGCCGUGCAGUCACUUUCGGGCCGCCCAUUUCUUCUCUCCGUGGAUUGUUGCAAUGCAGUGCUGCAUGCGUACGCGGUGACUGGAGAACACAUCCGAGCGAUCAAGUUUUUUUCGGCGCAGACCAACGCGAGAAGCCCACAAGCGUACACGAGCCUAAUGCAGGCCUGCGAAAAGGCGGGCGACUUCGUCGCCGCUCGGAAAGUAUUUGAGUUGCAAAUGGGGAGCCUAGUUGCGGCCGCCGGAGCAGGGAGGGAGAAGGCUGAGCCUGAGGCCUCGAGUAUGGCAGACGGUCUAAAAAUAAGCGACGGCAGUUGCCCUGAAAAGAAUUUCGAUAUGGUCCAGCUUGCCAGCAUGAUCGCAAAUUGUGCAAAAACUGGGGAUUCAGAAACCGCUCUGAAACUUCUGGCUUUGGCAGAAGGUCACCAAAGAACUAGCGAGAAAGCGAACCUGAUGAAACAUUCACCUGGAAGCUCAACAGCAAGCAACCACUUGCAUUGCAGUUCAUCGUCUUCAUCAUCGCCUGGACCACCGCCCACUUCGUUAUCUGUGGAAAAAAAUCCUAUACCAGACGAGAAGAAGAAGAACUUGGCUACCACGCCUGCUGCUCCUGAUCUUGUACUGUACACCUCCACUUUAGUUGCGUGUGAGCGCGCUGGACGUUGGGAAGACGCCCUGGAGGUGUUGCAGCGGAUGCGUCAGAAGCAAGUCGAUCAUUUCCUGCCUACGCGACGUGCGAAGGCACCCAAAACCGGGCUCUCGUCCUGUUUCUUCAUCUGCAUCGCCGCCUGCGAGAAAGCAAGAAAGUUUUCCCACAGCGAGGACCUGGUGCGCGAAAUGCAACACUUGAAACUCAUCCGCACCACGCCGGGGAGGCAGCUGCGUCAGCAGGGCAGCGAGGAGGACCACGUCGCGGAAACCUUUCCAUGGACCGGAAUUGGGUCCUCUUUCGACAAGGUGGAUACUUCUAGCUGCUCGAACAACGAGCAUCUUUCGACGGCAGCGCCGCUUAUUCCGGCACCAGCCCUCUUCGAUUGGGAAGACAACUCUAGUUUCGACUCCUGUGCGAACCGUUCGACAUCAGAUGGAAGUACUGGGACCAGAACAUCAGCAUCUUGGUCGUCCUCGGAAACCGCUUUUUCUGGGGGAGCAAGCGCCUCUCGUGAUCGUCUCAGUCCCCGUCCCGCCAGUGGUCCACCCUCUACCACGAAGAUAGGUGCGCGCACGGACAGGACCGCGACAUCAUGUGCCCAACAGGAUCACCAUGACGUACUAGAUCAAGAUCAUCUCGCGGCUGAUGCGGAUGACUCACGUUUGUCUUUUUCAUCUGAGCCGCUAGUUUUCGAUUUGCACGGACUUCCUGCCGCAGCCGCUCGCGCCAUGGUUCGUGUGGUGAUUGCGAAGGAGUGCGGCACCGGGCUGGAUUUGGUUUUUGUUACCGGCAGAGAGUCGCACUCCAAAGCGACCACCCUAACAAAACAUCGGUUGCGACCGGCGCUGGAACGAAUGUUGCGCGCUGAAUUGGGAUUGUCCUGUCGCGCGCUUCCAGGAAAUGAUGGGCGGUUGCUGGUGACAGGAGCAUCGCUCGAGAGUCGGAGACGACAGGUGCGGCGCAACGAAGAAGGAGCUGCUCAUGAUCAUCAGUAAAAACCUGCACUAUGAUCGUUGUUUCACGACGACGACAACGCGCCCAUUGUGGGGCGCAGAUGCAGAAAAGUCGUGGUCAUUCUGCCGUGUGAUAGGUUCUUGGUGAAGGUGUAGAAGUUAUUCUGUGCAUCACUUGAGUCAACGUCCAUCUGUUUCUGUUUCUUUAUGCCUUUGUGGUCACCAUUUCCGUUACAGUUCAGAUGUCCUCGUCCUUCCUCCUCCAUUUCUAGUAUUCGUAUUGGUAGCGCUACUACUACUAGUAGCGCUCUUAUUUUUAUUGUUUGCGCCAUUUGCAGCGUGCUUGCUGCAGGGACCUAGUUUUUGCUACAGAGAGAAUGACACAGCGAUUACUUACAGGCAAGCGCAAGCGACUACAACAUUAUGAGAAGUAUUCAAAAAGAUCAAGAUCCUUUUAAGUUCAAGUAGAGUUGUCAAACGAAUUCGAUAUCGAAAUCGGAAAUGAACCAUUUUUUGCCAUAUCAAUGCAGAGAGUCAUUGAUGAUGAUGCUGCAAGACCAAGAGCACCCUGUCCUUGAAGACAGUUAAUGUUCACGUAGAAGUCUUCUAACUCUAAAGCUAAACUCAUCCAUGUGCAACGAGAACAAAAC